AUUCCGACCGCCCGUCCGCCUGCGGCUGGGUGCUGGGCUACGUGCUCGCCUCGCGUGGUUCGGCGUGUGGGGGUUACAGCUCCGCACCGUUGCCACCACCAGUGUCCUGGAUCCCCAAUCCCUCCAUUGGAAACUACAGUAGUUGUAAGAGACUUCCCAAGAUGUCAGCUCAAGGCCAUACCUGGACAAGAAAGGUCAAGAAGGAAGAUGAGGAAGAGGACCCUCUGGACCAGCUGCUCUCCCGUUCUGGCUGUGCUGCUUCUCACUAUGCAGUGCAGGAGUGCAUGGCCCAGCACCAGGACUGGAGACAGUGCCAGGCACAGGUCCAGGCCUUCAGGCACUGCAUGAGUGAACAGCAAACAAGGAGGAAGGAAGAGCUGCAGAAGAAGAAAGAGCAAACCAGCGUUCACCACUGAAAUCCCUAGGGCAUGGCCCUGCAGAAUCUAGUACACAGAAAGAUGGGAAGAGGAAAUCCCAAAAGAUAGAAUUGUGGACUCACUUUGGGACUGGGGUUAACAAUGAAGCAGCCAUGGGUUUGGGCACAUGCUCUAAAGAGAAUAUUUUCAUGGUGAGAUCCCAUACAUCCUGAAACAUCUUAUUCUAUCAAUAUUAUAUAUUGAACAGUAUUUACCCAGUAAAGUGGGCUUAAGGGAUGCUUUUCUACCUUACAUCUUGAGUUUGUGUGCCAAAUAUAUAUUGAACAGUAUUUACCCAGUAAAGUGGGCUUAAGGGAUGCUUUUCUACCUUACAUCUUGAGUUUGUGUGCCAAAUAUUGAACUGAUUAGACAUUUCAUUUUAAAACUAAACCCAGGCUUGAGAGAUAACUCACCUUUACCUGACACCUAACCAUGUGUACGGUCAAGCGCUAGGACCAAAGGAGAGCCCCAUGGAUGACAUUGGGAGAGUUGCACGAAUGGAGUGGUGCUACCAAGUUGCAGAUGCUACUGUGAUUCCAUCAUAAAUGACUUCCCUGGGCUGAUGACCUCACCAAUGCUUCCUGGAACCUCACCUCUUCAAGCCCUGCUCGAUAGAGGAAGAUAGAAACAGGCUGGGGUAUGGUAGAGGUGCCAAUACCCAUGUGACUGGAGAGGCAGUUACAGAAAUCAGGACUCCUAUCUUCUGCACCCCAAAAAGAAUUUUGGUCCAUACUUCUAGAGUGUUAAACCAUAAGGGAAAUUUCCAGUGAAAAGGAUAGGACACAGAACUCAUGACAGGAACUGUAUGGAAUUAUACCCCUAUUAUCUCCCAACCUUGUAAAUAAAUAUUAGAUGAUUAAUAAAAAAAAUCAAGAAAAAAAAUGGUGGGGACUGGGCUUGAACCUGGAUUGUGCAUAUGGCAAAGCAUUCAAAGAUGUCUUUGAGUUUUAGUACUCUAUCUAAAUGGUGAGCUGAACACCUUGAUCUGAAGUGUCUGAAAAUAAGACUUAUUCCAGGGACAGGUCAUAAAGACAGCUGGAGAGACCUAAGUUUAGUCUUUGACAACACACAAUUCAAAAAAAGAUGAUCAUUUAAAAAGAAAAAUAAUUAAAAUAAGAAAAAUAAUUAAACUUAGCAUAAUGGUUAUGCAAAUGCCUUUCUUGCCUGAGGCUUUGAAGUCCUGGGUUUAAUCUUCAGCACCAGCAUAAGUCAGAGCUGAGCAGUACUUUGGCCUCUUCUCUCUGUAUUUCUCUCAUACUAAAAUAAAAUAA